AGAAGGGCGUUACGGGAGGAAAGAUUGUCCUGACUUGGAUCGGGCGCAGCGAGCUUCGCCACCCUUGCCUGCGCGAUGGCGACCAGCGGGCGGCGGCGGGCGAGUGAGGCCGAGGAGAUGGAGCCCGGAGCCGCGAGCGAUUCGGCGGAGGAAAUGGAGGACUCCUCUGACGACGAGCAGGAAAACGAAGCCGAAAUCCAGCGGCUGGAGGAACAGCUUUCCAUCAGUGCAUAUGACUACAAUUGUCAUGUGGACUUAAUUAAAUUGCUACGCCAGGAGGGUGAGCUGGAGAAAUUGCAGAGUGCUCGACAGAAGAUGAGUGAACUUUUUCCACUUACUGAAGAGCUUUGGCUGGACUGGUUGAAAGAUGAGAUUCGAAUGGCUGAAGAACCACAUGACCGAGAGAAAAUGUAUGAACUGUUUGAGAGGGCCAUCAAAGAUUAUAUUUGUCCUGAGAUAUGGCUGGAAUAUGCUCAAUACUCCAUUGGCGGGAUUGGCUUGCAAGGUGGUAUCGAGCGAGCUCGUGGGAUAUUUGAUCGAGCCCUAACUGCUGUUGGAUUGCAUAUGACAAAAGGACUAGCGAUCUGGGAAGCCUUUAGAGAAUUUGAAAAUGCUAUUUUAGGAACUUUACAGCCCUUACCUGGUACCAUUUUGACUUCAGAACAGCAGGAAAUGAUGAAAACACAACUUGACCGAGUACAUACACUCUUCAAGAGGCAGUUGACUAUCCCUUUGCUUGACAUGGAAUCCACAUAUGCUGAAUACGAGACAUGGGCUGACGAGGUACCUAGUGAAUCAGUGAUACAAUCAUACAAGAAGGCCUUGGAGCAAAUGGAAAAGCGCAAACCCUUUGAAGAAGCUUUGUUGGUAGCAGAUCCUCCAAAACUGGCAGAGUUUCAGGCUUACAUUGACUUUGAGAUGAAGGAGGGAGACCCAGCAAGGAUUCAGAUCACCUUUGAACGGGCACUGUCUGAGAACUGUUUAGUGCCAGAUCUUUGGGCACGCUACACUCAGUACUUGGACAGGCAACUGAAGAUUAAAGAUUUGGUUCUGUCUACACAUGAGCGGGCUGUUCGAAAUUGCCCUUGGAUAGUUGGAUUGUGGAACAGAUAUCUUCUGGCACAGGAAAGACACCAAGCUGAACACAAGAUCAUAACAGAUACUUUUGAAAAGGCAUUGAAUGCCGGGUUCAUCCAAGCGACAGACUACGUGGAGCUCUGGCAGGCAUUUCUCGACUAUCUGAGGCGCAGGGUGAAUUUUAGCCAAGAUUCCAGUAAAGAAUUGGAGGAGCUCAGAUCAGCGUAUAGUCGUGGCGUGGAUUACUUGAAACAGGAUAUAGAACAAAGAUUCAGUGAGAGUGGAGACCCCUCAUGUACAAUACUACAGAAUUGGGCAAGAAUUGAGGCAAGACUCUGCAAGAACAUGCAGAAAGCCCGUGAGCUCUGGGAUAGAAUCAUGAGCAAAGGAAAUGCAAAGUAUGCCAACAUGUGGUUGGAGUAUUUCAAUUUGGAACGAGCUCAUGGUGAUCCCCAGCACUGCAGGAAGGCUUUGCAUCGAGCAGUACAGUGUACCACCGACUAUCCUGAGCAUGUCUGUGAUGUGCUGCUCACCUUUGAGAGGGUAGAGGGGUCUUUGGAGGACUGGGACCUAGCUGUAGAAAAGACUGAGAGCAGAAUCAAUCAAGUAAAUGAGUGGAGAGCCAAAGCUGCAGAGAAAGAAGCCCUGCUGACAAAGCAGGAAGAGCAAAGGAGGAAAACCAAAUCUGAAAAGAAGGCUGCCAAAAAGGCCCAGAAACAGGCAGUACCUGGAGAAAAACGCAAAGCAGAUAAGGAGGACUGGGAAGCAAAGCUAGACAAACCAAAUAAAAAGCCUCGACAUGGGGAACAGGAGGAAACUGAGGAGGCUCUUUCAUUAGAAGUCGGCCUGUUUGGGCGAGAAAGCAACGUAAAAUCUGUAGAAACUCCAGCACAACAAAAGCAGAAGGCAUUUGCUGCCACAAGGAACAAAGUUCUUCAUGACAAUAGCAAGGAUGACCUCACUGUGUUUGUCAGCAAUCUUGCUUUCUCAAUGCCUAGCCCUGAGGAGAGGAUGAAGGAGAUAUUUGAAAGCUUUGGCCAGAUCGCAGACAUUCGUCCUGUUUACAGCAACAGGGGACACUUUCGAGGAUAUUGUUACGUAGAAUUUAAAGAAAAAGCGGCGGCUGCAAAUGCCCUAGCAGUAGACCGCCGGGAACUGGAGGGCCGGCCAAUGUUUGUUUCACCCUGUGUUGACAAGGCAAAGAAUCCAGAAUUUAAGGUAUUUAAGUACAGCACCAGUUUGGAGAAACACAAGAUUUUUAUAUCAGGUUUGCCUUUCUCCUGCACUAGAGAGGAUCUGGAGGAGAUCUGCAAAGAACAUGGAAAUCUGAAGGAGAUUCGUCUCGUCACUAAUCGCUCUGGAAAGCCAAAGGGUCUGGCAUACGUUGAAUUUGAAAAUGAAACGCAAGCCUCUCAGGCAGUCCUUAAAUUGGAUGGAACCGUAGUGAAGGACCACACGAUCAGAGUGGCCAUCAGUAAUCCUCCACAGAGAAAGCAGGCUCCUCACGUUGAAGCUGGCAGAGCUUCGGGCUCAUUGCUUCCUCGGCAGUUAUAUGGAGCGAGGGGCAAAGGCCGGACACAGCUUGCACUUGUGCCUCGUGCUUUACAGCGCUUGCCUGCAUCAGGAACGAAUACUGAGAAUGGUACGGUGAGCAGUCAGGACGAUAACUCAAAGGGUGAUUCAUCUCUCGCAGCAGAGACAAAAAAGAUGACAAAUGCAGACUUUGCAAAGAUGUUGUUGAAGAAAUAACUCUGAUAAGCAGCAUUUGGUGAUUAAAUGCUGAGUGUCUAGGAAAAAAAAAGAUUGAACUUCCUUUUCAGAAACCAUUUCACAUCCUUAAGCAUGGACAGAAAUUCUGAUGAGCAGUGAACUGUAAAUCUAAUUUUUUAAAGAAAGUUUGACAAGUGUUAAAUAUAUUUGAUGGAAGCUCCUAGAUCUGUGCCUCGAUUUUUAAGCAGUUGCUCUAUUCUAUUUAUAGAGUUGGGUUGUAUGUUCAUUUAUAAUAUUGUUUUGUAAGUGCAACUUGGUUAGUAAAUUUGCAUUCUUGUCUAAAACUACACCAUACUAUGUAGGAAGAUUUUGGGGACCAUUUUAUGUUAUUUUGACCUUUUUUUUUAAAAUACUGGUUGAGAGGUUUUUUUUGUGCAGAUUAAAUCUUUUCUAUAAUUGCAUCAUGUAACAUUGGCCAGAAGAGCAAUCUCACUGGUUCAAUCUGUGUUUGUGUGAUUCAUCAAGAACAAGAUACAAAUAGAACAAAGUAGUUUGUGAACUGG